UACAAUGCGUCUUUCACGGUGCUGAGCGGUCUCGGUGAACGAUGAGCCAACUUCGCCGGUCGCCUCGAAGCGGAAUGAGCCACUCUUGAGCCCCGAAAACGAAUCCUUCUUGGCGGGGGGAGAGCGAGAAUGAAGAAGCCGAGCGCCCUGCUCCCUGCUGUCGGCUUGACUGGGAAAUGGUAGCGUACUGUAGGAACCGCACUGGGAAGGAACAUGGUCGAGAGGAGCAGCAAAUUCUUGUUGAUCGUCGUCGGAUCCGUGUGUUUCAUGCUGAUUCUCUAUCAGUACGUGGCCCCCGGGGUGAUCAAUUUCGGCUCUCCGCACGGUUAUUUCACGGAGGAAGACGAGGGGGACAUCUUCCCCACUCCGGACCCCCACUACGUUAAGAAAUACUACUUCCCCGUCAGGGACCUGGAGAGGACGAUCGAUUUCCAAAUCAAAGGGGAGGACGUGAUCGUGUUUUUGCACAUCCAGAAGACCGGGGGGACUACCUUCGGCAGGCACCUGGUCCAGAAUGUCCGUCUGGAGGUCCCCUGCGACUGCAGACCGGGCCAGAAGAAGUGUACCUGCUACCGGCCGAACCGCAAGGAGACCUGGCUCUUCUCCCGGUUCUCCACCGGCUGGAGCUGCGGCUUGCACGCCGACUGGACCGAGCUCACCAACUGUGUGCCGGGGGUUCUCAACAAGAAGGAGAACAAGCAGAAAAAUCUAAGGAAGUUCUACUAUAUCACUCUGCUGAGGGACCCCGUGUCUCGAUACCUCAGUGAGUGGAGGCACGUGCAGCGUGGAGCCACGUGGAAAACCUCCCUACACAUGUGCGAUGGACGGACCCCAACACCCGAGGAGCUGCCCUCCUGCUACGAGGGCUCCGACUGGUCGGGGUGCACCCUGCAGCAGUUCAUGGACUGUCCCUACAACCUGGCCAACAACAGACAGGUUCGUAUGCUGGCAGACCUGAGCCUCGUUGGCUGCUACAACAUGUCCACGGUUCCGGAGAAAAAGAGGGCCCAGCUUCUCCUGGAGUCAGCCAAGAAGAACCUCCGAGACAUGGCCUUCUUUGGUCUGACAGAGUACCAGAGGAAAACCCAGUUUCUCUUUGAACGAACCUUCAGGUUGCGCUUCAUCAGGCCCUUCAUGCAGUACAACAGCACCCGGGCGGCAGGGGUGGACCUGGACAAUGCUACGGUCCAGCGUAUAGAGGAGUUAAAUGAGCUAGACAUGGAGCUGUACGACUACGCCAAGGACCUGUUCCAGCAGCGCUACCAGUACACCAGGCAGCAGGAGAGGCGGCAGCAGCGCAUCAAGAACCACAUGCAGCAGAGCCACCAGGGUCUGGGUCUGGGCGUCAGCCUGUGGCCCUCCCGCAGUCGGCAGAGCUCAGUGUCGACACUGGAGGACGGAGAAGGGGAGAGGGAGGAGCGGGAGGAGGGUGAAGAGGGAGGAAGAACGGAGGAGGCGGGCAGCAGGCUCCCCACUGAGGACUACAUGAACCAGAUCAUCAACCGCUGGUAGCAGCAGAAUGAGAGCAAACACACAAACAUGCAUAUGUAAUGUGAAAUGCAUACACACAUACACGCACACAGACACACACACACACACACAGACAGACACACACACACAGACACACACACGCACAAACAGACAGCACAUACACACACACACACUGACUUACGUACACAAAAAAUGGCGCCUGCAUCAAAGACCCAAAUGACUGAAAAACAGACUUUACCCGAGAGUUGGCCUGCGGGAAUGAGAGUCCAAGUUGUUGCUAUGGAUACCAGGGCUUGGUCAAUUGCAUUAGCUCGUGUAAUUGAGGUUCGCCCAGUUGUUAUUAGCACCCUCUUGCCCUUUACUCCCUUCUGAGUUUCUCUGUCUCUGUCAUCAUUAUUACUGACUGAGCAGAGAAGAGAUAUUUUUAAGAGUUGCUGACAACUGAGUCUCUCAUCCAUCUCUCCCGCCUCCCCUCCUCCUCCUCCUCCUGUAUUCCUCUCGUUCUCUGUGGCCUGAUAUGGAGCAUGAGAAAAUAAAAUUAAGUCUGUGAAUUCCCUCUAAUCCUUAUUAAGGACCAGUCUACUUCCUGGAUGCUCCAAUUUCAAAGGACCUGGGAAAGCUAUGAAAGUAUGCGAAUGGCUGAGCUGAACAAAGAUAAUGGAAGGAAUACAUGAGAGACUGUACCCGAAAGAAAGAAGUUGGACUGAGUUGUGUAAUAAAGCUUUCUGCUUAAAAAAAAAAAAUCAGCCAUUUCACCCAUGAACACGCUUUGGACAUGAAAUAGUGACAGUCUCAUUCUCGUUUUAGGAUGAUUUCAUUUGUAUUUUCCUUUUGUGUUUAUGCUUUUUUAAAAGCAGAAUUGUAAUAACACUGAGACCAAUAUUGCUGCCUAAAGAGAAGUGAUUCCUUUAUUUCUUUAUUUUUAUUUGUUUUAUAAGUCAAAGCUAAUGGAUUGGAUUGACGUACAAUGGACCAUAGCCAUUACUGAAGCCUUGCAUCUUGGGGGGGGGGGGGGGGUGUUCCUCUGUUAAAGGUUCCCAAAGCUCCUGUCGCUUAAUGAGUUCAUUAUUUCUCCUUUUCUCUCCUUUUUUUGUGUCUCAGUCCUGCAGAGAAUGACAGCCAAUUACAGACCCAAAUCUCACAUAGGUGCGAAGAAAUCAAAGGCAGGGAGAGGAGGGAGAGGAGGGAGAGGAGAGAGUCUUCUUCAGGUUGUUGCCAGGAACCGUGCUGUGUGAGCAGCAAGUGCUUUGGAAGCCUUAACUCAGACAAAUGCUCGAGAUGGGAGUUGUGGAACUACUGGUCACCAUGGCAAUGUGAGCCCUUAAUGUAGUGGAUGGCAUUUUCAGUUUCUCUCCCUUUUUUUUUAAAAUCUUUGGCCAAGAACUGCAUUGUAAAAGCGGCGGUCUCAAGCAAGCCUCCGUCCCAACUGCUGAAAGGGCGCACACAGCACUGGUGACCAGUAGUUCAUUAGCGUAACCGGUAUAUUAGUUGGUUUUACCCUGAAGAAUGGACGGGGCAAGGUAGCAGUGCCUCUAUGUACUGGGAUCAUAGUCAACAUAAUUAUUGCCAGAUAUUAUGUCUGCAUUAUAUUACAGUAAUUUCGCUGACUGCUUGUGCGUCCGUGUGGAUGAGUGUGUCUGUGUGUGUCUGUGUGUUUCUGUGUGUGUGUGUGUGUGUGUGUGUGUGUGUGUGUGUGUGUGUGUGUGUGUGUGUGUGUGUGUGUGUGUGUGUGUGUGUGUAAAUAGUAUGUACAGUAUGCCUUUGAUUGGCGUAUGUGUAUGCCUUUGUAAAUAGUGUGCCUGACUGAGAGAGGGUGUCGAAUGAGUUUUGUGAAUGACUGGUUUCAUGACCAAUUAUCUUGCCACUUUUGGUGGUGGAGGGCAGGACAGCAGAGUCCCUCCAACAGCAUGUCACAGCAGUGUGACAAUCGCAGUGAUGCAAGCCAAUAAGACUCCCCUCUGCCCUUUCCUUAAUAAUUUCUUUUCCCCCUUUUAUUUUCUCCUCCCCUCGAUUUGGUUACAUAAGAAAGACUUUUUUACUAUAAUUACCUAAAAAUCCUUAUUGACAUUUUAAAAAAUCUGCCCUCAUGACAUGUCUUUACUCUUGGCAGCAAAAUCUACAAGAUGGGUUGGGUUUUGAUAGCUCAUUGCUCCAUUUUGAAUCUAAUGUUGCACCAAAUUCUGUGACCCAAUCGAGUUGGGCAUUUUAAUUUGUCAUGUGCUUGUCGUUCAUGCUUUUUUAUAUGUUAGGUCACAGAAUUUGGUGUAAUAGCUGUUCUCACUUUGCAAAAUAUCUGGAUUUGUUGAGCUCGAAGCUAACAAGUCUCAUUUUGGACAUUUUACCUUUUCGCCUCCUUCUUUUGUAUUGGCAAAAAGCAAUGUAGAAAAGACAGACAUCACUGGCAGUAGACCCAAUUAGUUACCUCAGCAGUCCUUACAUUAUUCUUUGAUUUGGUCACAUAGUGUUGCCUACACAAAGGGGGGAAAUCAAACUUUUGUUCAUUUUUUACCUGUUAUUCAGCAGUAAGUUGUAUCUUAGUGGUGUCACAGUUACUUCUGUCACACCACAGGUAUCAGCCUACUGCCCAGGAAGCAAAUUCAACAUUGAAAUUUCCAGAGAUUGUGACGCCCUGGCAUGGCCUGAGCAGCUGAAUUGCCAUAUGUUCCAGCAUAGAAAAAAAUAUGUGGAAAUAUCGAGCGUUAUAAAUCCAAAAACAAGUUUGGAGAUGCAACUCAUUACUGGAUGCUAUAAAUAAUAAUUAGAUAAUAAAAAUAAUGUCUUUACAUAGCAAACACUAUUUGAUGAAAUCACAGAGUAAUGUACAGAGUGCUAAGGUCACAGAUGUAUCCAAUUAAUAUUAAUUUCAUAACAGCUAAAAUAAAAGUUUGACGAUCUCCUGCAAUCCAGUGUCUGUAAUCUGCCAAAGAUGGUUUGUAAGGGAACAGAAACAUAACUCUGUAACACACUGCGAGUGAACUAUGUGGCUUUGUAGUUCAACAAAACCGACGCUUGGAGUGGCAAAAAACUCCUGUACAGACAUAAUCUACCAAGUUAGCUAAACAUGUUUUCAUUUUGGUCAGGAGAAUCUCAGUUAAACAUUUAGGCAUAUAAUAUCAAUAUUUUAAAAGAACAGCUUAAUCGAGACCUCCAAAAUUUGGAGCAAGUAGCAUACAAAAAAUUUGGUGUAAAGGUAAGUAAGCUGCACCUGUUUAUUCAAUGUUUCAGAUACAUUUAAUCAACAUUUCAUAUGUUACAGAGUUCAUCUGAUGUUCAGGUUGUAGUUUGUGUUUCCGCUGCCUCAGCUAACAAAAGGUGAACUCAGAUCUUCAGAGUUUUAGUUAUCUACAACUUAAGCUCCUUGCAAAUGUUAAAAUCUGAACCUAGUUAGAUUUGAUACUGGAUUAAGAUUUGAUAAAAUGCUAUCAAACCCCAACCCUCUCUAUACGCAAAGAAUCUGAGCAAUAAGAAGAGAAAAACCAAUGAGUAGGUGGAGAAUAGAACUUUUAAAACUGAAAGGGAAAAAGACGUGUCACAGACCGAUUAAAUCUAACUGAAUGUAGUUCAGAUUCAGUGUCAUCCAUGGGGCUAUUGGAGGAUUCAUGCAGGCGAACUACUUCUUUGGUAUUACCAUAAAUAACGUGUUGCAUCCUGUUGUUAAUCAUAGUUUGGGGUUUUUUUUAAGUAAAAAUGGAGGAGGAACUAACAUUUUAAUCAACCAUCACUGCCCUUGUUAAAUUUCAGCUUAUCACCCUGGAUCCUACUGUGUCUCUUUUUGAUCAACUCCUUUUAAAUCAGGGAUGAUUCACAAAGGGAAGGAGAAAAGAAACAAGGGGGGAUGAUGAAAAGGUAUUGGGAUACAUCCAGAGUCAAUAUGCUGCUUUUUGAGUAGCCUUCAAAGUAACACAAUGGGGAUGGGGAAAAUGGAUAUGGAAAAAGAUGUCCAUUUUUUGUUUCAUAUUAACUUCCCCAUCAUCGUGUUCUUGAACCUGGAGACUUGAAGACACUGCAGCUCCAGGCGUUUUGCCCACAACCUAUUUUUCAGAGUCAGAGUUAUAUUACACUGUGCUUGGACUCCAAACCAAUUUCUGGUCCUUAUUAUUUUCAGUGUUCCAGUUUCACUGGAAGUGCCCAUCAGAUUUGAAGCAAUCCUCAAAAAUACUCACCGUACCUGAACAGUGUGUGAAAGAAAAACUCCUGUUGCUGAAAUGAUUCCAGAAAUUGAUGCUGUAAAGCUAUACUCAAAUAUUUCAUGUCUCAUCACUAUGUAUAUCUGAUGUCUUAACUGCGUUUCCUUCUUGACAAUGAAGCAACCCAGGUGUCACUAGCGUCAUUAUCUUUUUUAAUUUAAAAAAAAAAAGUGUUAAAGAGAGUGUGAUAGAGACUUUUUUUUGGAUUGGUGUGCAGUCUGUCUCUGGCUCUUUCUGUAUGCAUAAUUCUGGGUUUGUUUCUUAUGAUUGCAAAAAUGAAUCAUCAAGCCACCAAUUAAAAUAUUUCA